CAAGGUUAGUGAUUAACCUUGCGCUUCCAGUCUCUGAGGACAGACACAGAAACGUCGGACGGCACUUUCCCCGAGGAAUGCUGCCUCUCAGCCGCCACAUCCUCCAACCACCAUGGGCGAGAGCAACCACUGUCUGAGGGAAGGGGCUUUAACCGUGGAAGACGACGUAACGGUGACGUUUCACAAAGUUGUCAGCCAUGAAAACCAGAGUCGCCUCUAUAACGACCGGGAGGAAGACGAUCCUGACGGUGAGGACCAAGCAGAGGAGACGGUUCAUCUGAGGAGGAACUGUCUUAAAGAUGCUGGAGAGGAGCAGGAGGCGCGCGGGAGCGAACAUUCCCUGCUGUGUCUACCGGCUUUCUGCGUGACAGACAAGAAGACCGCAUCUUCCGGAGAGGAAAAAACACCUGAGGGCCCAGAGAAACCAAAGAGAUGUCCUGGUCUGGGUUUAUUCUAUGCUUUCCUGUCCACUGUAUUCUUCUCCAUCAUCGCCCUGCUGGUGAAAACCAUCCAGGGAGUCCAUGCCAUAGAGAUCAGCGCCAUACGCUGCUUCUUCCAGAUGCUUUUUGUCAUACCGUUACUCAUCUACCACAAGAUAGGAUUCCUCGGUCCCAGAGAUAAACGAAUCUAUUUGGUGCUUCGGGGUUUCCUCGGUUCUAACGCCAUGAUCCUGCUCUACUAUGCAGUUCAGCAGAUGCCGCUGGCAGAUGCCACCGUCAUUAUGUUCAGCAAUCCAGUCUUUACCUCGCUCCUGGCUUGGAUCUUCCUCAAAGAGAAAUGUACAAUCUGGGACUGUGUGUUCACUGCCUUCACCCUCACCGGAGUCAUCCUCAUCGCUCGGCCGCCGUUCUUAUUCGGCGAUCAUCCCAGCGGCAUCGAAGGCAACUACACAAACCACGUCAAGGGAACCAUAGCUGCCUUUGGAGGUGCAGUUGGAGCUGCUUUCACUUUUGUUGUCCUGCGAAAGAUGGGGAAGAGCGUCCAUUACUACCUCUCCGUGUGGUACUACGCUGUGAUCGGCCUUAUCGAGUGCAUCAUCUCAGUAUCCAUCCUCGGUGAGUGGAAACUCCCGUUCUGUGGCAAAGAUCGUUGGAUGCUGAUGCUGAUUGCUGCUCUGGGCAUCGCUGGCCAGACCUUCCUGACAAAGGCGCUGCAGAUCGAGAAGGCCGGACCCGUGUCGCUGAUGCGGACGGUGGACGUGGUGCUGGCCUUCUUCUUCCAGUUCGUUUUCUUUAAUCGUGCGCCGACCUGGUGGAGCCUCGGCGGAGCGCUGUGCGUCGUGUUGAGCACCAGUGGAGUUGCGCUUAGGAAGUGGUAUAUCAACACUCGCAAGAGCUGAAAGAAGAGAUAGAUGCACGGCUACCAGGCAGAAGUUUGUUUACCCUCAUCAUGGACACAUAAUGCAUAUUAAUUGGAGUUUUUGAUCAUGCUUUUGAAAAAUCACUUGAAAAUCACAUCUAGACUAGAAUUUGGGGAAUAAUCCUGAACUUAUGGGGGACAUUCUCAAAUCCACAAAUGGUUAAAAUUCUCCAUACAGGCUCCAAUUUACGCACAGACAAGCAUUUAUUUAAACAAAGUAUCUCUUAGUAAAUGACAACAACAUCUCAGUUAAGUUUAUCGUUUGGUGUCAUUUAAAGGAGCAGUCCACUUCCUGGUUCCUGAGGCAAUCAUAUGAGAGCUCCCAAGGUUGCCAAAUAAGAGCGCUGAAUUUGGUACUUUAUGCUAGCAAAAAGAGCAACAGUGCAAAAAUGGAAGCUAGUAAGAAAAGCCAAGCAGAAAUAGUCUCAAUAACACCUUAGAAAACUCGCCAUCCUUCAAAUGUAUUUGACCAACAGCUUACUGGCUGAAACAUCUUCACUCAUCAUCUUGAAUUUAUUUUAAUUUAUUUGUCUCUCUUAACUUGGCAACAUGCAUGGCACUUUCUGAAGGGGAGGAGGUAGGAUUUCUGUUUAGGAUGUUCUGAUUUAAACAAAGAGGUGUCAUUAUUACUUUUACUCCUUAAACGUUAAACCUAUGUGUUUUAUAUCAUUGAACCCUUUGAGCAUUCGGUUAUGUCAAAGUAUCAAAACUCUCGCUGCCGAUUUUGAUUAAUUCAGAACAAGUUUUUUUUAUUUAAUCCUGUUUCAGUAAUGCAGUAGUUUCGAUUUCCUCUUGGAGGAAAACAACCCCACGGCAUGAUGCUGCCACCACCAUGCUUAACAGUUUAUAUUACGUCUUUAGGCCGUGAUUCCUCCAAAUAUUCCUCUUCUCAUUGUUGACAAAUAGGUACAUCUUUGUCUCCUAUGGGUUUCCAUUUUAAGAACAGAAAAAAAUUGGCCUUUGCCAUGAAGGUGUUGAUUUCUUUCUUGGUGAUGUGAAACCAGCUGGCUUGUGGACUGUAAUUCUAAUAUCCCAACUCCUUCAAUUUUUAUGGCCUUCAGCUGUAGUUCAUGGUUUGUU